GCACGUAGCGAAACUUCACAAGCUAAGUAGUUUCACAUUUCACUUGGCUCAGUUGCUGGGAGUCGAAAACGAUUUAACAGCAUGUAGUCAGUGAAAACAUCUUGCAGACGCCUUAGGCAGAGACAGGACAAGCCUGUUUUUCGACCUCCUAGGUUGAGAUGGCGGUCAGAUAGGCAGCGUCCAUGAUUAGAGAGACAACAUCACAAGAGCGCCAUCUGUUGGAAGUAAAAAGACCUGAAACCAUAGAGUACUGUAUUGCUAGACAGGAUGGGAGGAGCGCAGACGAACUUCCUCUUCCGGAUCACUCAUGGGAGGAAGGUGGUGGGCAGGGUAGUAUUUGUGCUCUUCCAAGGAUCAAAGCAUCAGCUGGAAGACAAAGAGGAUGGCAAUAAGAGCACUCUGGAUGACUGAGAAUAACAAGCAACAUUGAAAAGGAAAGCAAAUCAAGUCAGAAAUCAAAGUAUUUUCCAUUUCCUUCAGAAAACCACACAAUUCUUCUCUGUCCCCAACAAGUGAUAGACAAAAAAGAGAAAACUAAGAAGAGAUUUCGAGCUGGAAAAAGUAGAGUGCAGAACUCAAGAAUACAUUACAUGAAAGGUCAAGGGACAUUAUUUUUUCAUUCAGAAAAAGAGGGAAAUAUCUGGAAGUCAGUGGGGAGAAAAAGGUCAAUUGGAUAGUCACAUAGGGCAGACAGUAAUGUAGGCCUCGCUGUGGGAGGAAGAAAAUUACCACUUAAUCAAAGCAUCACAAAACAAAGGAUCAUCCAUAUUUUUGACCUCCUCAGGAAUAUUGAUUGUCCAGGAAUUGAAUAGUCACAUAGUAUGCUGUGCAACUUACGUAUAGACAUAUAACUGUGGUUUAGUGGGGUAUUCCACUGCAACUCCCUUCACCAAAAACCCAGAACUGUCCCAAUUAAGUCCAGUGACAAGCAGAUCAGUGCUAGUCUACAGUGCAAUAGCCAAUGAGUACACAAGGCAUUUCCCCAUCAAAAUAAAUGUACCAGGCAAAAUUAAAUCCACAAUACAAGAGGGUUCACGAGGCAAGAAAAAUCGAAUUCACAAGGCAUGAUCCAAAUCAAGGCACGUGUCAGUGGAAAGUGAGGCAAGAGUCACACCAACCAGAAUGAACACAUUCCCAGCAUCGCUUCCAUCUUUGUGCUGUGCUAAAUAGCCAGCUUCCGUUGCAGCCCUUAUAAAGAAGGGCAAGGCUUUCUCCUCACGAGUAAUCUGGCUGACCUCUGCUCCUGCUUUUUCUCUGCCUUGGAUUAGGUGCAGAAGGCAGUUCCUCUUCCUCCUCACUGACUGGCUGCAUGCUUUCCCCAACAAAAGCCUCAGGACUCCUGCUGCAGCUGUGCUUCAGCCAAAUCUUUCUCAGAUGACUGAUUGGAGCCAUAGACCAACUCCCUUCCAGAUGUGGCCAGAACUGGUUCAUCUUCCUCCGAAAUGAUAUCUGAAGAGUGAUCUGGGAAAGUAUCUGGAGGACUCAUCACAGGCAGACAGUAAUACAGGCCUCGAACUGGGAGGAAGAAAACAAUAGGUGCAAUCAAAGCAAAACUAAAUAAGGGAUCAUGCAUAUUUUUGGCCUCCUCAAUAAUAUCAGUGCUGGAUGGAUCAGCUAUGGAUCAGUCCAUAGAUGUGCCUACUGUGGGGAAAGCACAGACUGCAAAUCACAACUGAUUAUGCACAAGAGGAUCCACACUGGAAGAAAGCCAUAUUAAUGCUAUGAAUGUAACAAAAGCUUUCGUCAGAAUAGUUCUCUUGUGGUUCAUAGAAAGACCCACACAGGACAGAUGCCCUAUAACUGCUCCCAAUGUGGUAAAUGCUUUCGCAAGCAUGGCAACUUGGUGAUACAUCAGAGGACUCACGCCAGGGAGAAACCAUGUGAGUGUCCAGUUUGUGGGAAAAGUUUCAUUGCAAAUUCCCACUUGGUGAUACACCAGAGGACACACAUAGGAGAGAAACCUUUUGAAUGUUCUGAUUGUGGGAAACGUUUUGGUAACAAUUCCAGCUUGGUGACACACCAGAGGAUUCAUACAGGAGAGAAACCCUUUCAGUGUCAUGAUUGUGGGAAAGGUUUCAGUCAGAAUUCCAAUCUGGUGAUACACCAGCGGAUUCACACAGGAGAAAAACCCUUUGAAUGUCCUGAUUGUGGGAAAAGUUUCAAUCAGAAUUCCAACCUGGUGAUACACCAGAGGACUCACACAGGAGAGAAACCCUUUGAAUGUCCUGAUUGUGGAAAACAUUUCAGUCACAAUUCCAGUCUGGUGAUACAUCAGAGGAUUCACAAGGGAGAGAAAUCAUAUAAGUGUCCUGAUUGUGGGAAAAGUUUCAGUCAUAAUUCCAACCUGGUGAAACACCAGAGGACUCACAUAGAAGAGAAACCAUUUGAAUGUCCUGAUUGUGGAGAAAGUUUCAGUCAGAAUUAUCACUUGGUGAACCAUCAGAGGACUCACAAAGGAGAGAAAUUGUAUGAGUGCCCUGAUUGUGGUAAAAGAUUCAGUUACCAUUUUAACCUGGUGAACCAUCAGAGGACUCACACAGGAGAGAAACCGUACGAGUGUCCACAUUGUGGGAAAAGUUUCAGUUACCAUUGUAACCUGGUGAUACACCAGAGGACUCAUACAGGAGAGAAACCAUAUGAGUGUCCAGAGUGUGGGAAAAGUUUCAGUCAGAAUUCUAAUCUUGUGAUACACCAGAGAACUCACACAGGAGAGAAACCCUAUGAAUGUCCUCAUUGUGGGAAGCAUUUCAGUCAGAAUUCCCAACUACUGAUACACCAGAGGACUCACACAGGAGAAAAACCAUUUGAAUGUCCUGAUUGUGGGAAAAGUUUCAGGAAGAAUUCUGACCUAGUGAACCACCAGAGGACUCACACUGGAGAGAAACCAUAUGAGUGUCCAGUUUGUGGGAAAAGUUUCAUUGCAAAUUCCCAUCUGGUGAAACACCAGAGGACUCACACUGGAGAGAAGCCAUAUGAGUGUCCACAGUGUGGGAAAAGUUUCAGUCAGAAUUCCAACCUGGUGAACCACCAGAGGACUCACACAGGAGAGAAAUCCUUUCAGUGUCUUGAUUGUGGGAAAAGUUUCAGUUACCGUUCCAAUCUUGUGAUACACCAGAGGACUCACACAGGAGAGAAACCCUUUGAAUGUCCUGACUGUGGGAAACGUUUCAGUCUCAAUUCCAGUCUAGUUAUACACCAGAGGACUCACACCGGAGAGAAACCCUUUGAAUGUCCUGACUGUGGGAAAUGUUUCAGUCAGAAUUCCCACCUGGUAAUACAUCAGAGGUCUCACACAGGAGAGAAGCCCUUUGAAUGUCCUGAAUGUGGGAAAAGUUUCAGUCAGAAUUCACACUUAGUGAUACACCAGAGGACUCACACAGGAGAGAAACCAUAUGAAUGUCCAGAGUGUGGGAAAAGUUUCAAUAAUAUGUCAUGUGUUGUUGUUCAUCUGAGGAUUCACACAGGGGAGAAACCGUACAAGUGUCCAGAGUGUGUGAAAAGUUUCAGUCAUAGUUCCAACCUUGUGAAUCACCUGAGGACUCACACAGGAGAGAAACCCUUUGAAUGUCCUGAAUGUGGGAAAAGCUUCAGUCAGAAUUCCCACUUAAUGAAACACCAGAUGACACAUACAGGUGACAAACCCUUUGAAUGUCCUGAUUGUGGGAAAAGUUUCAGUUACCAUUUUAACCUGGUGACCCACCAGAGGAUUCACACAGGGGAGAAACCGUACAAGUGUCCAGAGUGUGUGAAAAGUUUCAGUCAGAGUUCCAACCUUGUGGAUCACCAGAGGACUCACACAGGAGAGAAACCCUUUGAAUGUCCCGAUUGUGGGAAAUAUUUCAGUCAGAAAUCCUCCUUAAUGUAUCACCAGAGAACUCACACAGGAGAAAAACCUUUUGAAUGUCCUGAUUGUGAGAAAAACUUCAGUCUCAAUUCAAGCCUGCUGAUACACCAGAGGUCACACACAGGAGAGAAACCGUACAAGUGUCCAGAUUGUGGGAAAAGUUUCAGUCAGAGUUCCAACCUCGUGAAUCACCUGAGGACUCAUACAGGAGAAAAACCCUUUGAAUGUCCCGAUUGUGGGAAAAGUUUCAGCCAGAACUCCAAUCUGGUGAACCACCAAAGGACUCACACAGGAGAGAAACCAUAUGAGUGUCCAGAUUGUGGGAAAAGUUUCAGUCAGAACUCCAAUCUGGUGAACCACCAAAGGACUCACACAGGAGAGAAACCAUAUAAAUGUCCAGAUUGUGGGAAAAGUUUCAGUUAUCGUACUAGCCUUGUUAUACACCAGAGGACUCACACAGGAGAAAAACCUGUUGAAUGUCCUGAUUGUGGGAAAAGUUUCAGUCAGAAUUCCAACUUGAGGAAACACCAAAGGACUCACACAGGAGAGAAACCCUUUGAAUGUCCUGAUUGUGGGAAACGUUUCAGUCUCAAUUCCUACCUGGUGAUACACCAGAGGAUUCACACAGGAGAGAAACCCUUUGAAUGUCCUGAUUGUGGGAAAUGUUUCAGUCAGAAUUCCCAUCUGGUGAUACACCAGAGGAUUCACACAGGAGAGAAACCCUUUGAAUGUUCUGAUUGUGGGAAACAAUUCAGUUGGAAUUCCCACCUAGUGAUACACCAGAGGACUCACACAGGAGAGAAACCCUUUGAAUGUCCUGAAUGUGGGAAAAGCUUCAGUCACAAUUCCCACUUAAUAAAACACCAGAUGACACAUACAGGAGACAAACCCUUUGAAUGUCCUGAUUGUGGGAAAAGUUUCCGUUACCAUUUUAAUAUGGUGAGCUACCAGAGGAUUCACACAGGGGAGAAACCGUACAAGUGUCCAGAGUGUGUGAAAAGUUUCAGUCAUAGUUCCAACCUUGUGAAUCACCUGAGGACUCACACAGGAGAAAAACCCUUUGAAUGUCCUGAAUGUGGGAAGAGCUUCAGUCAGAAUUCCCACUUAAUAAAACACCAGAUGACACAUACAGGUGACAAACCCUUUGAAUGUCCAGAUUGUGGGAAAAGUUUCCGCUACCGUUUUAACAUGAUGAAUCACCAAAGGAUUCAUACAGGUGAGAAACCGUACAAGUGUCCAGAGUGUGUGAAAAGUUUCAGUCAUAGUUCCAACCUUGUGAAUCACCUGAGGACUCACACAGGAGAGAAACCGUUUGAAUGUCCUGAUUGUGGGAAACAUUUCAGUCAGAAAUCCUCCUUGGUGUUUCAUCUGAGGAUUCACACAGGAGAAAAACCUUUUGAAUGUCCUGAUUGUGGGAAAAAAUUCAGUUGCAAUUCCAGCCUGCUAAUACACCAGAGGACACAUACAGGAGAGAAACCAUACAAGUGUCCAGAUUGUGGGAAAAGUUUCAGUUACCGUUCUAACCUGGUGAGCCACCAGAGGACUCACAGAAGAGAGAGACAAUAUGAGUGUCCAGAUCAGGGGUGUCAAACUCAACUUCAUUGAGGGCCGCAUAAGGUUUGUGGUUGACCUUGUUGGUGGGCGUGGCUGGGGUGACCUCUCAUGGCCAGCUUGACAUCUCUUGUGCCUUGGGUGCUUACGAUGGCCCAGGCAGGUCUGGGGUGUCUCCAGGAGAGGAAACCGAGACAAUGGUUCUCGCCAUCCCUCUCAAGCCACGCAAAGGACCCCCGGAGAGCAGCGCCGGCUGUCCAGAGCCCUUGGAGCGCAAGUACCCACCCUGGCCCUCGAGCUCCCACGGUACUGGGACCCCACAGUCCAGCCCUGCUUCCCCAAGUGGGUGCCCGGCUGCGCUUAUCUCCUCAAGGCUGCUGCUGCUGUGCUCACUCUCCUUGGGCAUGUUGCUCAUGGUGUAUGCAGAAGGACAAAGUGUGUGGGUCAGAGGAAGGCCCACUCCCUCUCCCUGCCAGGAGACCCAGCUUUGUAACCAAAGCAUCCUCAUCAAUAGGAUGGGAGACCAUGAAGAGAGGUCAGAAGGAGGGGACAAGAGAAUGGCGAAAGGGCAGCAGGGCAGCUGGUGGCCAAGUGCUUAGGCAGGAUUUCCCUCAGAAUUUGACUCCCUCUCAUUAUAACCUUUCCUUUCCUUUCCUUUCCUUUCCUUUCCUUUCCUUUCCUGGAAAGGAGGGCGGGACACGUAUCUUUGGGCCUCAUGACUUUGUCCUAGAAGCAGCCGUUAUUUUUAGUGUCCCUGUGAUUCAUCCCUGGAGUGGACUUGUGGAAGCGGCUGCCAUUUUGCCACACCAACUUCAGGGCCAAAAUGGCGGCUGCUUCUGGGACAUGGUCAUGAGGGACAAGGAGAAACUGCUUUUUUUGUACCUUAACACUUUAGACCACAUUAAGGAAUUGUGGGUGCACUGAGAAUGUCAGCUGCCUCCAGGAGAUCUUCAAUAGGUGGGAUGGGUAAAAAGUGUGUGGGUAGUAGGCCCAAGGCCUAGGUAAAAAAAAUAAUGUAAAAUUUCACAUGUAAAGGCUGUUCCACCUUGCAGAUCAACCUUAUGGAGAUGACCUCAAUAUUGAGUUGAGAAAAGGGAUCAUGGUUUUGCUGUGAGUAAAACCAUAUCUCCAGAUUUAUUAGCAACUCCUGUGUGCUCUUGAUGAUAGCAACACUAAGAUGCUGGCAUAUUUGUGGUACCCGCCCUGGUUGUGGCAAUCUGAGAAAAGGAAUGUACAGUGGAAAAUGUUUCAUUUUUAAAAAUGCAUCAUGUAAGAACUAUCAAUAACUUUUUACAAGGAAAAAAGGGGUAUUAUCAGUAUUGCUGUGAACAUUAUGGCAAGGCAAGACACUUAUAGUUGCCUCAAACUGUGUGAUGAAUAGCGAAUAAGUUUAUAAAUAAAUACA